UGACCCCGGUCCCUUGCCGCCAUCAAAACGCGCUCGUGUCGGUCUGCGGGCAGAUCAGCUUGUUUCUCACCAACCACCUGCAUCGCGCCCCAGGGUGAUCCAAGCUUUCUUCGCCAGCGUAUAUAAUCCCCUCGCCUUUCAGCCUAACCUCCAUCGCCUCUCAUCCUCACUGAGAUCCUGUACUGCACCUUGUGCAUGUUCUCGAACCAGUUGGGAAGUGCCCACAAUACUCACCGAGGUUGCAAGCACACCUGUGGCGACGGUUUAUAUCAUCUCUAACACCAGUCUCCUUCCCCGUUGAACUCUUCGUACUCGACCAUGGCACCCUACCCGACCGCAAACUCGUCCGGGCUCAACACCCCCGAGUCUGAGCUCGAGUCCGUGCUCCCCGUGCACCCGACCGCUGCUCGUCGCCCGAACCCGAUCGUAGUCCAGUCCGAGCAGACCGCCUACAGCGACGAGUACAUCACUUCCUCGUUCACCAACCGUGGCGCGGCCGUCACUGUCACCGAUGGGCAGUACCUCGUUACGCCCACCGCGCAGCAGUACGAGCUGCAGACCGCCCGGAAGGUCGCAAAGACUGGAUUGAUGAUGGUGGGAUGGGGCGGAAACAACGGCACCACGCUGUCCGCCACGAUCCUCGCCAACCGUCACAACAUCGUCUGGCACACAAAGUCCGGCGUCCAGCAGCCCAACUACAUCGGCUCGCUCCUCCGCGCAUCCACCGUCCGCCUCGGUUCCGACCCGUCCACCGGCAAGGACGUUCACGUCCCCGUCUCCGACGUCCUCCCCAUGGUGCACCCGAACGACCUCGUCCUCGGCGGCUGGGACAUCUCCGGCGCGCGCAUGGACGAGGCCAUGAAGCGUGCCCAGGUGCUCGACUGGGACCUCCAGCGCCAGGUCAUGCCGCACAUGGCCGCGCUCGGCAAGCCGCUCCCGUCGAUCUACUACCCCGACUUCAUCGCCGCGAACCAGGAGGCUCGCGCGGACCACGUCGUGCCCGGCAAGGACAAGCAGGCCCACCUCGAGCAGCUCCGUGCGGACAUCCGCCGCUUCAAGGCCGAGCACGCGCUCGACCGCGCCGUCAUCUUCUGGACCGCGAACACGGAGCGCUACAGCGACAUCAUCCCCGGCGUGAACGACACCGCCGACGCGCUCCUUGCCUCCAUCAAGGCGUCGCACUCCGAGGUGUCGCCCUCGACGCUCUUCGCCGUCGCCGCCAUCCUCGAGGGCGAGCCCUUCGUGAACGGCGCCCCCCAGAACACGUUCGUUCCGGGUGUCAUCCAGCUCGCGGAGCGCCACAAGUCGUUCAUCGGCGGCGACGAUCUCAAGUCGGGCCAGACGAAGCUCAAGUCCGUCCUCGCCGAGUUCCUCGUCAACGCGGGCAUCAAGCCGCUCUCCAUCGCGUCCUACAACCACCUCGGCAACAACGACGGGCACAACCUCUCCGCGGAGCCGCAGUUCAAGAGCAAGGAGAUCAGCAAGAGCAGCGUCGUCGACGACAUGGUCGAGGCGAACCACCUGCUCUUCAAGCGUCCUGAGCCGGGCGCCGUCAAGGGCACGAAGGCCGCCAAGGGCGAGCACCCCGACCACAUCGUCGUUAUCAAGUACGUCCCCGCCGUCGGCGACUCCAAGCGCGCGAUCGACGAGUACUACUCGGAGAUCUUCUGCGGCGGCCGCUCGACGAUCAACAUCUUCAACGAGUGCGAGGACUCUCUGCUCGCCACGCCACUCAUCCUGGAUCUGACCAUCCUCACCGAGCUGCUGACGCGUGUCAAAUACCGCGACGUCUCCGCCGGCCAAGCCGAGUUCUCCCCGCUGUACUCGGUGCUCUCCCUGCUCUCGUACAUGCUCAAGGCCCCGCUCGUCAAGCCCGGCACGGACGUCGUGAACAGCCUGAACAGGCAGCGCAACGCGCUCGAGACGUUCAUGAAGGCCUGCAUCGGUCUCGAGGGCAGCAGCGACCUCCUCAUGGAGACGCGCAUCUGGUGAGCGGUCAUGGAGGACCGUCGGUUUGCUCGUACGUUGCGGUUUUCAACAAACCCGUGCUCGUUGCUAGUGCUUGAUACCCGUCGCGGCCAUUCAUCUGGCUUGAAUGUAACUUGAAGUAGUGCAAUAUCAGUGUUUCGGACGCCUGCA